CAUUAGAAGGCGCCAUUUGCACUCUGCGGAAUUUGUUUUGAUGGAGCUCGACGUACUUGAAAUUUGUAAACAACAACGAAUAUAGUAGUCUAAAGACAAGGUGGGCAACUUGUGUGUGUUUUAUAAAUAAACAAAAAAUUCCCGGACGUGUGAGACUAUGUGCUGCGUACGGACGGAGCUAUGCUCUUCCUGUGUGUGAAGUCACUAAGUGCUUGAUGUGGAUAGCUAGCAACCUAGCCAGCCAGCUAGCUAGCUAUUUCCCUGGGGCGUAAUAAUUAGUCCAAACAGUUGCAAAACGUUCCGGUAAGCGAUGGACGACAUCAACCUCCAUUACCGCUUUCUGAACUGGAGGCGGAGGAUCCGGGAGAUUCGCGAGGUGCGGUACCGCGAGCGGUUCAAGAGGAUGCUGAGGGAUGGAGAAGUGCUCAGUUACCAAGGGAACUCUGAUGAAGUUGGCUGCUACGUGGCUCCAAGGCCGUUAUCCAAAGGGAACUGCUACUUUGAGGUGACCAUCGUUGACACAGGGGUGAGGGGGAUGAUUGCUGUUGGCCUGGUGCCUCAGUACUACAAGCUGGACCAUCAGCCUGGCUGGCUCCCGCACUCAGUGGCCUACCAUGCUGACGAUGGCAAGCUGUACAAUGGGAACACUAUUGGACAGCAGUUUGGGCCCAAGUGUAACCGUGGCGAUCGUAUUGGCUGUGGGAUCUACCUAGAGGCAUUUGAGGAUGGACAAACAACGGUCUUCUUCACCAAGAACGGAAAAGAAGUGGGCACGGUGGUGGUCCCAGGGUCUCCAGAGGCGCUCUACCCGGCCGUUGGGAUGCACUCUCUGGGGGAGGAGGUGCAGCUGGACCUGCAAGCGGAGUGGGGGAUGGAGGAGGAAGACGGACUGAUGAUAGUGGACAGCCACGAGGAUGAGUGGGGGCGUCUCCAUGACGUCAGGGUCACCGGCUCGUUGGUAGAGUACGUGGGUAAAGGGAAAAGCAUCAUGGAUGUGGGUUUGGCCCAGGCCGAUCUACCCCUCAACACACGCUGCCACUACUAUGAGCUGGAGAUCACUGACGCAGGAGAGAAGUGCUACAUCGCCCUGGGACUGGCACGCAGGGAUUACCCCAAAAACAGACACCCUGGCUGGAGCAGGGGCUCCAUAGCCUAUCAUGCAGAUGAUGGGAAGCUCUUCCAGGGUAGAGGGGUGGGGGACGCCUUUGGCCCUCGCUGUUUUGAGGGGGACGUCAUGGGCUGUGGCAUCAUGUUCCCACGGGACUACAUCCUGGACAGUGGAGAUGACAGAGACGACGGGGACUUGGAGGUGCGGCCCAAGCAGCGGCGUGUCCAGAACGACCUCUACAUGAACGAUGAAGACGAGGAGGAGGAUGGAGAGGAACUGGAGGGGGAGCAGGAGGGGAGGAAGGUCAUGGUGUUCUUCACACGGAAUGGGAAGGUGGUGGGCCGCAAGGAGGUGGCAGUGCCAGCAGGGGGGUUCUACCCUACCAUCGGCAUGAUGAGCACCGGGGAAAAGGUCAGGGUGGACCUGCACCCCCUAAGCGGCUGAGAGGAGAGGAGAGGAGGGAUGGAGGAGAGGAGGAUGGAGUGAAGAGGGUAGGGACAUGACCAGAGAGAGAAGUGGCUCCAACACACAGACGCACACACACCACAACACAAACUCCCCAAAAAAACAAUUUGGUUGUGCAUCAGCAAUUUUUAUC